AUGGCUACUCUCCUCAAACAACCUCUCAAACUCGCGCUGGUGCAGCUGGCGUCAGGCGUCGAUAAAGCUGCCAAUCUGAGCCAUGCUCGCACCAAAGUUCUCGAGGCAGCCAAGGCGGGGCAAAGCUCAUCGUGCUCCCUGAAUGCUUCAACUCUCCGUACGGCACGCAGUACUUUACCAAAACAGGCACCGUCGUUCCACGCCUUGUCAGCGCUAGCGGCUGAAGCCAAAUCAUAUCUGGUUGGAGGAAGCAUUCCGGAAUAUGAGCCCACGACACAGAAAUACUACAACACCUCAUUGGUCUUCUCGCCGACAGGAGCGCUGAUUGGCAAGCACCGCAAGACACACCUGUUCGACAUCGACAUUCCCGGAAAGAUCAGAUUCAAGGAGAGCGAGACCCUGUCGCCGGGAAACAAGGUCACCAUCAUCGACCUCCCCGAGUAUGGCAAGAUAGGACUCUCCAUCUGCUAUGAUAUCCGCUUCCCGGAGACCGCCAUGAUCGCCGCCCGGAACGGCGCCUUCCUACUCGUCUAUCCAGGUGCUUUUAAUAUGACUACCGGACCGCUACACUGGUCGCUGCUUGGACGAGCACGAGCUGUGGAUAACCAGGUCUAUGUGGCGCUAUGCAGUCCGGCGAGGGACUUGAAUGCCUCCUAUCAUGCAUGGGGCCACAGCUUCAUCGCCAACCCGAACGCGGAGGUGCUGACCGAAGCAGACGAGAAGGAAGAUAUCGUCUACGCAGACCUGGACAACGAGACGAUCGAGAAUACGAGGAAAGGUAUCCCUAUCUACACACAGCGCCGAUUCGACGUCUACCCUGAUGUCAGCGCUGGGAAGAUAAGAUUUGAGGAAUAG